AUGUCACAGCAAAAUGAUAGUAUAACAUUUAUUAAUUUGAUGCCACACACUAAUCAAUAUCAACAACAAGUUGCCGAUAGUGUAGCAAAAAAAAUAACGUCAUGCAGUAUUAAACCAACACAACCGAAUUGGUUAGAUUUGUUCAAGAUGACAACUGAUAAUCACUUAAUAGUUGAGUGUUUACAAUUAACAAAUACAUUCACAGAAUAUAUAAAUUAUGCUGAAAAACUUUUAAAUUCAAAGUGCAUACCAAAUAUCGAAGAGAAUAUUUCGAAUAAUUUAAAAGCAAUGAUACAUAAAAAUCAUUUUGAAUUAACACUUGAAGAUAUUCUAGUUUUAUUCAAAACAUUGAAAACAAAUUGUACAAAUGAUUUACGUAAUAUUUUAGAACAAUCUGAAGAAUUACCCUCAUAUAUUGCGAAUUAUUUGAACAUAUUACGAAUUACUGAUAAGAAUCAAUUACGUUUACUAUACCAAACAUGUGAUUUAUUCCAACAUUUUACGAAACAUCUUCAAUCAAUUUCAAAACAAUGGGAAACUAUUCCAAUUCAAACAAUAAUUAUGACUUUCAAAGAUAUUGAUUUGAUUGAAAAUGAAAUGCAGUUAUUAACUAAUCUUUUAGAACCAAAUGCAAUUGCACCUUUAACUUGCAUUCUUGAUUAUUGGAGCAAAAAAGACUAUAUUCAUAAAUGGUGUGAAGGAAUCAAUCGUUUAAUACAAUUGUAUAAUUUAUCAGGUGAUUAUAAGUUUUUAUCAUUAUUAGGUAAAACGACUGAAACUACAAAUGGAAAUAUGUGCUAUAGCAAUUAUCAACAAUUUAAGGAAAGAAUUAUUAAAAAGUACUCUAAAGAAGUAUUAGAUGUUUGUUCACAUUAUAAAAAUUCAAAAAAACUUGUUGAGUUUGUCACAAGACUAAACCAAACUGAUAUGGAUAAUUUAUUAGAAGCAGUUAAUGAUUGGGAUGAAUCAUUCAUUACAACACAAACGAUUAUUGAUUUUGUUCAAUUAGGACACUUUCUUACCAAUAUUAAUAAUUAUAGUAACACUCAUGAACAAGCAUCAAAAACACUAAAUGAUAUUUUAUCAUAUAUCAACACAUUAUUAAAACAAAAAGAAUAUGCAGAUACAAUCAGUUAUUUUCAAACAUGUUCAUCUGCAUUGCCUGGUGUUCAACGAUUAUAUUUACAAUUGACUGAUAUAGAAGAAUCGAAACGUACAAAAAUAUUUCAUAUUAUUAAUAAUGCAUCAUUGAAAAUUACUGAAGCAUAUCAGCAACAUCCUCAACAGGAUAGCACAAAGAAAUAUGAUGUUUGUGUAAAACUAGAUAAAGGGGGACAAUUUAAUUACUAUAAUUUACAUGAACUAAGGGAUAGAGCAAGAUUAAUAGAAUAUUCUGGCAAUGAAAAAAAGAGACAACGGAAAUAUACAAAAGAAGAGAAAAAACAGUUUCUACGAUGUUUCGUGUCAUUGGUUGAUGUUAUUGAAAAUGUGUUGGACAGUUUAAAUCAUUUGAAUGCUAUGGGUUAUCCAACAAUCGAAAAAUACUCAGAAAACGUAUAUAAAUGUGUUGAAUGCGAUUUUUCAGAAUUAAGUCAGUUGAACGUGUCAUUGAAAAACAUAGUUACAUUAUGGGAAGAAAAUUUAAUUGACCUAUACAAACGUUAUCCUGAGUUAACUUAUCUAUCAGGAAAACAAUUUUGGACUGUUGAAAAGACUUUACAAAAUUAUAAAGAAUUGAAAUCACAAGAUCACGGUUAUCAUUUAUUAAAAUACAUUGAAAUUGAAAAUUUAGUUUCAACGAAAUUUAUUAUAAAUGAAAAUUUAAAACCUGAAGAACGAUUAGAAAAUCUUGGAAAAUUUUUAAAUGAGCAACGUAGAAGUGUAAUAAAAUCGUCAUUAGUAUCUGAACAAUCAAUCUCUACAGACAGGCAAGAAGGAAAAAUUUUCAUAACUGAAACAUCAAUUGAAGGUAGAUAUCGAGCGAUUUUAUCUUUAUUUCAUUAUGAUAAUAGCGAUCCUGCACUAAAUCAAAUAUUAUUUUGUACAACAGAAACAAACUGGAUAGAUGUUCGAGCUUUUAUUUAUCGUUGUUUUUAUUCAUCAUCUAAUUUAUAUCAAUUCAUUGAACCUGAACAAUUGGAAUUCAAUGUACAAGAUAAAUGUUGUCAAUUGAUCAUUAAAUUAAUUGAACAUGAUCCAUCAAAUAAAUUUAAAUUAAGUAUUGUAACAACUGAUAUUCAAACUCAUCUAAUUAAUGGAAUAUUACGCAUGGAUAUAGCUAAAAUUGUACGUGAUAACGAAUUAUUAAAUGAAGGUGACUUAAAUAAAUAUGUAAAAAAACUAGUGAAAAAUUGUCAUAUUGUGUCAUCGAAGAUAGCAGGUUUAGGUAAAACGACAUUCAUUCAAAAUCAUGCACAAAA